AUGGAGGAACAAACUGUUGACGAAGUUACAUUAUUAAAUUCUCAAAAACGUGUGCGUGCGUGUAUCAUCGAGUUCGGAGAGCAGGGAUUCGUCAGGAAACAGUGUUUGCAGUCAAACAAGGAGACUCAAGAAAAGAAAAACGGAUCAAACCUCCCUUCACUUAAUCUUAACUUGCACCGACCUACAACAGAAGGCGGUGACAAAAAGCUCAAGCUAUCAGAUUUGUAUACCACGGUUAAAGAUCCUAUUUAUCCUUGUGCAAAUGAAAUACAUUUAAAGAAAUUAGUAGAAUUACAGCGUUUUAAUUGUGAUGAUUGGUAUGCUGUACGGUUUAUCGAUGCCCAGAAGAAAUAUUUAUCUACCCCCGGUUUUGUCGAACUUGCUGUAAAUGAUUCGCUAAAACGAUUUGAAUCUGCAAUGUUGCGUGAUGAUCCUCGUUCUUAUUUGCUAGAACGUUCCUUCGCCGGAUUAACUAACUCCUUACUUUGCCAAAAAGAGGAAUUACAAAGAGCAUUACAAGCACUAGUAGAUUGGGCCGCUGAUUCUCAACAGACAUUGACUCCAAAUACAUUAUUUAUGAUAAAAUAG